AUGGAAUAUCGUAGUCAAGUAGUGAAAAGAUCAUUAAAUGAUCCUCUGAUGACUUCAAAUCGUGUUGCUGCUGGAAUAGGUAUUGUAGGAUGGACCUUGGAUCGACUCAGCCGUCCUCAUGGAAUCUUUGUCGAUGUUAAUUUGGAUUUAUAUGUGGCAGAUUGGGGAAAUCAUCGAGUUCAAUUGUUUCAGUCGGGAGGAUCAAAUGGCAUUACAGUGGCUGGAAGUGGAUCACUAAAUCCAACAAUUACACUUUAUGGUCCAAGUGGAAUUGUAUUAGAUGUUGAGAAAUAUUUAUUUAUUGCAGAUACGAAUAAUCAUCGAAUUGUUCGUUCAGGUGUGAAUGGUUUUCGAUGUUUAUUUGGAUGUUACGGAAAGGGUUCACGAUCUAAUCAAUUGAAUGAUCCAUUUAGUUUGAGUUUUGAUCGUUCUGGAAACAUAUUUGUUACUGAUGAAUGGAAUUCUCGAAUUCAAAAAUUUUUACUAAUGAAAGAUUCUUUUGCUCUUUCAUUCAAUCAACCAGAGUUUUGUCCAACUGCUGUUUGGAAUCCCACUGCAAUUACUAUUGCUAAUCAAUCGAUUGUUGGUGAAAUUCCUACCGGCAUUUUUGUGAACACAAACAACACAUUUUAUGUCGCUAAUCAACAAAAUAACACAAUUGUAAUGUGGGAAGAAAAGAGUAUCAAUCCAACGAAGAUCAUUCACGGUAAUUUUACACAACCCUAUUCUCUCUUCGUGACAUCAAAUGGCGACAUUUAUAUUGGUGAUGGUAUUUGGAAUGGUGGAGUGCAUAGAUGGAGUGCAGAAACAAAUAUUUUUGUUACAGUAAUGAAUGUCAGCUUCCCAUGUGAUGGUUUGUUUGUGGAUAUCAAUGAUACUACGUACUGUUCAAUGUUUGAGCAUCAUCAAGUAGUGAAAAGGUCAUUAAAUAGUCCUGCAAAAAAACCAAAUCGUGUUGCUGCUGGAACUGGUGAACCAGGAUCAGACUCGAAGAAACUUUUUAAUCCUCUUGGAAUUUUUGUCGAUAUAAAUUUGGAUUUAUAUGUGGCAGAUCAUUACAAUGAUCGAGUUCAGUUAUUUCAGCCGGGAGAAUUAAAAGCAAUUACAGUGGCUGGAAGUAAAUCACUAAAUCCAACAAUUACACUUGAUUGUCCAAGUGGAAUUAUAUUAGAUGCUGAGAAAUAUUUAUUCAUUGUGGAUCAGAACAAUCAUCGGAUUGUUGGUUCAGGCUUGAAUGGUUUUCGAUGUUUAGUUGGAUGUUAUGGAGUGGGUUCACAAUCCAAUCAAUUGAAUGGUCCAUUUAGUUUGAGUUUUGAUCGUUCUGGAAACAUGUUUGUGGCUGAUACAUUAAAUCAUCGUAUUCAAAAAUUUAAAUAUUUAAACAGAUAUUGUGGUACUCCAGUAUAUAUUCAAUUAAUAUAUUCAAUAAAAUUAACUGAUGACAGUCCAACAUAUUAUCGAGAUUGUCAAGUACCGCAAUGUCAUUAUGAAACUUUAGAAAUUCAUGUUAAUACAACGGGUUUGUAUGUUCUUUGGAGUGAAAGUAAUAUUAAUGCAUAUGGAUAUAUCUACAAAAAUGAUUUCAAUCCUUUAAAACCAUCUGAAAAUUUACUUCAAUCACAUGACGGUCCAGAACAAAGUAGUUGUGUGAUUGGUGAUCAAUGUAACUUUUAUAUCAAAGGGAUUGGUUUGACACUCGAUGAUAUUUUACGCGAUGAACUUCAACCGAAUACAUUGUUGAAGAAUCAAUCAUUUUCGAUUAAAUGUAGUGCGGGUUUAACAAUAAUUAUGUUUAUUGCAGGAUUAAUCAAUAGUGUUCUCUCUUUUACUACAUUUCAAAGUAAAGAUUCUCAGCAAGUUGGAUGUGGAAUGUAUCUAUUAGCAUCAUCGAUUACUUCUCUUUUGGCAAUUAGUACAUUUAUAAUUAAAUUCUGGUUUGUUGUUCUUACUCAUAUCAAUGCGUCCACCAGUCUGUCUAUUCUUCGUGCAGGUUGUGCUUCUAUUGAACCAAUUCUAAAACUUUUUCUCUACUUGGAUGGUUGGCUCAAUGCUUGUGUAGCAGUUGAACGAGCAGUACUUAUUUUUAAAGGAGUAAAAUUUGAUAAAAAAAAGAGCAAAUCUAUUGCUCGACGGAUAAUUCUUAUUUUACCAGUCUGUAUUGUUGGUACACUUACUCACGAGCUCGCAUUUCGCAGAUUGUUCGAAUAUGAACCAGUACCCGAUACGACAGAUACGAGUAGGACUAAUGAAGACACAAUCAAGCGAUAUGUAUCAUGCAUCACUCAUUAUUCUCCUUCUAUCCAAGAUUACAAUACAGCCGUUCUAUUUUUUCAUCUUGUUGGUCCAUUUAUUGUUAAUCUUUGCUCUGCAUUGUUCAUCAUCUUUGGAGGUGCUCGACAACGAUCAAUGGCACGAACUAACCAAAGUCUGAAAGAACAUGUUCAAGAACAAUUCCGUGAACAUAAACAAUUGAUCAUUAGUCCAAUAGUUUUACUCGCUUUAUCAAUACCUCGUCUCAUCAUUUCAUUACUUCCUGGUUGUGUGAAAACAUCUGAGAACUUGUGGUUGUAUCUUGGACCAUAUUUCAUUUCGUUUACUCCUCCAAUGCUAAUUUUUCUUAUCUUUGUCUUUCCUUCAGAAUUGUAUAUGAAAGCGUUUAAACAAUUGUUCAAUCGUAUUCGAAGGCGUACUCCUGCGUAA